AUGUCCGGCGAAGAAGACUUCUACCUCUUUGAGAACAUCUCUAAGGUGGGUCCUUGGGAUGGACCCCAGUACCACAUUGCCCCAAUGUGGGCCUUCUACUUCCAGACGGCCUUCAUGGGCUUCGUCUUCUUCGCCGGGACGCCCCUCAACGCCAUCAUCCUGGUGGUCACCGUCAAAUACAAGAAGCUCCGCCAGCCGCUGAACUACAUCUUGGUCAACAUCUCCUUUGCCGGGUUCCUCUUCUGUGUCUUCUCCGUCUUCACCGUCUUCCUGGCCAGCUCGCAGGGCUACUUCUUCUUCGGAAGACACAUCUGCGCCCUGGAGGCCUUCCUGGGCUCGGUGGCAGGUAAAAGCCCCGGAGGAGGAGCGGAGUAGAAUAGAGUUGCAGUGUCGGGUGGGUCGCUCAAAGGUCAUCCAGCCCAGCCCGCAGGGAAUGGCAACGGAAGAACGGCUGGCCUUUGUUGGGGAUUCUGGUUCACGUCUCGUCUUCCUUGCCUUUUCAGUACACUUAAAGGACUCCCAAUUGCAUAAUAAUAAUAAUAAUAACAACAACAACAAUAAUAAUAAUAAUAAUAACAAUAAUAAUAAUUUAUUUUUCAUACCCUGCCCAUCUGGCUGGGUUUCCCCAGCUACUCUGGGUGGCUCCCAACUAAAAAUACAUUAAAACAUCAGACAUUAAAAACUGCCUUCAGAUGUCUUCUAAAUGUCAGUUGGUGUUGAUCUCUUUGACAUCUGGUGGGAGGGCGUUCCACACGGCAGGCGCCACCACCGAGAAGGCCCUCUGCCUGGUUCCCUAUAACUUGGCUUCUCGCAGGGAGGGAACCGCCAGAAGGCACUUGGAGCCGGACCCCAGCAUCCGGGCAGAACGAUGGGGGUGGCGACACUCCUUCAGGUAUAUUAGAAUAAUAGAAUUGGAGACUUGUGGGGGACCAUAAGACACAUCUAUCCCUGCCCAGAGAAUCCCUGAAGAACCCCCGACAGUGCUACGCUGCAACCAACUGGCCUGCAAGAGGACUGUAAUUCCUUCCCUUGCGUUUUUCCUUCUCCCUCCCCGUCCAUUCUUCCUUGUGUGUCGUGCCCUUGGGGGCCUGGCCGGCUGCCGAUCUUCAUCAACCCUUGUCUUUUUCUGUCUUCCCACCCCAGGGCUGGUCACCGGCUGGUCCUUGGCCUUCCUCGCCUUCGAACGCUACAUCGUCAUCUGCAAGCCCUUCGGGAACUUCCGCUUCAACUCCAAACACGCCCUUCUGGUGGUGGCAGCGACUUGGUUCAUUGGCAUCGGAGUGUCAAUCCCACCCUUUUUUGGGUGGAGCAGGUGAGGUGGAAAAGGAGGCGGUCUUCCGAUGCCCAGAUUGGGGAGAAGGUCCAUAGACUGGAAGCCUGUGCAGUAGCUUUUCGUGUGUGUGUGUGUGUGUGUGUGUGUGUGUGUGUGAGAUUUUUAUUGGUUUUACAUAUAACCACAUUCAAAAUGAAUUAAAGUAUUUUUAAAAAUUGUACAGUAACAAUAAAUAAAUAAUAAUAAUAAUAAUUUAUUAUUUCUACCCCGCCCAUCUGGCUGGGUUUCCCCAGCCACUCUGGGCGGCUUCCAACAGAACACUAAAAUGCAAUAACCUAUUAAACAUUAAAAGCUUCCCUAAAGAGGGCUGCCUUCAGAUGUCUUCUAAAAGCCUGGCAGUUGUUUUUCUCUUUGACAUCUGAAGGGAGGGCGCUCCACAGGACGGGUGCCACCACCGAGAAGGCCCUCUGCCUGGUUCCCUGUAACUUCGCUUCUCGCAGGGAGGGAACCGCCAGUAGGCCCUCGGCGCUGGACCUCAAUGUCCGGGCAGAACGAUGGGGGUGGAGACGCUCCUUCAGGUCCACUGGGCCGGGCCAUUUAGGGCUUUAAAGGUCCACACCAACACUUUGAAUUGUGCUUGGAAACGUACUGGGAGCCAAUGUAGGUCUUUCAGGACCGGUGUUAUGUGGUCUCAGUGGCCGCUCCCAGUCACCAGUCCAGCUACCGCAUUCUGGAUUAGUUGUAGUCACCUUCAAAGGUAGCCCCACGUAGAGCGCAUUGCAGUAGUCCAAGCGGGAGCUAACUAGAGCAUGCACCACUCUGGCGAGGCAGUCUGCAGGCAGGGAGGGUCUCAUCCUGCGUACCAGAUGGAGAUGGCAGACAGCUGCCCUGAACACAGAACUGACCUGCCUCCAUGAACGGCUGUGAGUCCAGAAUGACUCCCAGGCUGCGCACCUGGUCCUUCAGGGGCACAGUUAUCCCAUUCAGGACCAGGGAGUCCUCCACACCCACCUGCCUCCUGUCCCCCAAAAACUGUACCCACCAAAACAGUACCAACUAAGUUUGCUACUGGACAGUUUAUUUAUUUAUUUAUUUAUUUAUUUAUUUAUUUAUUUAUUUAUUUCGACUGCAUCAGACCAACACGGCUACCUACCUGAAUAUAAUCACAUUGCGUAACAUCGUACCCUAUUAUUUUAUCUCUUUGGCUCGUCUUAGCCUAACGACUUCCGUCCCUCCCGUCUGAUGGUUCACAAAACUAAACUUUGCACCUUUACAUUUUGCUUCGUUUCCUACCCUUGUUACACCAUUGCCUAAAACACUAUAUUACUCCACCUGACUAGGUAGCAAUUUCAUCUUACAAAUCUUCAGAUCACAUUGCUAAUGAUGUUAAUUGCUUACAGUUGUCUUUCAAAUAUAAUAUAAAUUUGUUCCAGUCCUUUUGGAUUGCUUGAUCUCGCUGGUUCCAGAUUCUUCCUGUCAGUUUCGCCAGUUCUGCAAAGUCCAUCGGCCUCAUCUGCCUCUCUUAUUUUGCUGGUAACUCCUGUUGUUUCCAUCUUUGGGCUAACAAAAUUCUUGCCGCAGUUGUUGCACAUAAGAACAAUUUUUUAUCUUGUCUCGGUAUCUCUCUACCCACUAUCCCCAAUAAAAAGCGCUUCUGGUUUUUUAACAAAAGUGUUUUUGAACAUUUUCUUUAGCUCAUUGUAUAUCAUUUCCCAGAAAGCUUUUACCUCUUUACAUGUCCACCACAGAUCGUAAAAAGUACUCUCCUUUUCUUUUAUCAGAUCUAAAUGAUCAGACAACAGCAAAGGUUGCUAGGUUUAUCGAGGGUGCAAUGAGAUUAAGGGCCACUAUCUGAACAAUAAUAUUGGUCAUUUGAUUGCCCUUUUUACCCAUUUCUGUCUUUUUAUUUGUAUAUAUUGCUUGUUUUAUGUUGCCAUCGCCGUUGGCUAAUGCAAAUAAAGUCUAUUAUUAUUAAAAUUACCCUCCUUUUCCUUACAUUUCCAACAUUCAAUUUUAGUUCUGUACAUUUUGGCCAGUUUAACUGGUGUUAAACACCGCAUAUACAUCACUUUCAUAACAUUUUCCUGAAGCGUACUGCAUGCUGUAAAAUUAACACCUUCAUUCCACAACUUCUCCCAUUCUUCUAACUGUAUAUUAUGGUCUGUGCAGUAGCUAUUAGCAGGAGCAACUGAAAAUAGUCAGCAAGGUUCUGAGUCACACAGGACACUUCUUCUUCAGGGUCUACUCAAGAGGGAAAGGCUGCUAGUUAUGGCACGUCUACGGACCGGUUGUGAGUUUGCUCCUGGUGCAAAGGAUUCAAAUGCUGUUCUUCCUUGGAACGCUGUUUGGAUCUGCCUCUAGCGCUGAACGGAUCGCUGAACUUGCUGCGAGUUCCCUCCUGAGCAGGGUUGCCAUAUUUCAAAAAGUGAAAAGUUUUUGAGCUGUUUUUAUGAGAAAUCGGCAAAAACAGCACUGCCGACAUGGGCCGCCAUGUCCAGAUUUUCCUGGAUGUUUUUCUGAUUUCCACCCGGACACUUCUGCAGACUGUAAUACUCCAGAUAUGUCCGAGAUAUUCCGGAUGGAUGGGAACCCCACUCCUCAGUUCUUUCAAUGCCAUCUCCUCAUCCUAAACACAUAGGAUGGGGGACACCUGGCUUACUAGCAGUACUUGGGGAAAAGAUCUAGGGGUCUUGGUGGACAGCAAGCUCUACAUGAGCCAACCUUAUAAUGCAGUAGCAAAAAAAGCUAUCGCUAUUCUAGGCUGCAUCAACAGAAGUCUAGUGUCCAGGUGAAUGGAAGUCAUAGUCCCACUCUAUUCCUCCUUGGUCAGAUCCCUCCUAGAAUACUGUGUCCAGUUCUGGGCACCCCAAUUUAAGAAGGGUAUUGGCAAGGUGGAAGGUGUGCAGAGGAGGGCAACCAAGAUGGUCAAGGGUCUGGAAGCAACGAAGCUGCUGCUGUUGUUGUUGUUGUUGUUUAGUCGUUUAGUCGUGUCCGACUCUUCGUGACCCCCUGGACCAGAGCAGGCCAGGCACUCCUGUCUUCCACUGCCUCCCGCAGUUUGGUCAAACUCAUGCUGGUAGCUUCAAGAACACUGUCCCACCAUCUCGUCCUCUGUCGUCCCCUUCUCCUUGUGCCCUCCAUCUUUCCCAACAUCAGGGUUUUUUCCAGGGAGUCUUCUCUUCUCAUGAGGUGGCCAAAGUCUUGGAGCCUCAGCUUCAGGAUCUGUCCUUCCAGUGAGCACUCAGGGCUGAUUUCCUUCAGAAUGGAGAGGUUUGAUCUUCUUGCAGUCCAUGGGACUCUCAAGAGUCUCCUCCAGCACCAGAAUUCAAAAGCAUCCAUUCUUUGGCGAUCAGCCUUCUUUAUGGUCCAGCUCUCACUUCCAUACAUCACUACUGGGAAAACCAUAUUUUGGAAAUAUGCUCCUACAAAGCCAAUGUCCUCCUCUGACCCCUUCUCCUCUGCCUUUCAGGUUCAUCCCCGAAGGCCUGCAGUGCUCCUGUGGCCCCGACUGGUACACAGUUGGCACCAAGUACAAGAGUGAAUACUACACCUGGUUCCUCUUCAUCUUCUGCUUCAUCGUGCCCCUCACCCUCAUCGUCUUCUCCUACUCGCAGCUCCUGGGCGCUCUCCGUGCCGUAAGUACCUACUGCCCAGCUCCUCCGACCCCUUUCACAACAACCUUGCGAGGUAGGGUGAGGUGGACAGGGAGCGGCGAGCGCCCAAGGUCGCCCAGGGAGCUGGCCGUGUCGAGAUUCGAACCCCGGUCUCUCUCAGGUCCUAGUCCGGAACUUUAACCACUAUACCCCACUUCCCCAGAGUUGCCAGAUACAUCAGGAAAGCCCUGCUGGACCUCAGGUUGAUGUUGGCAUCCCAGGGGCGCCAUUUCUUAGGAGACGCUAAAAAGACAAGGGCCCCUGCAGCUGGAUCAAACCCAGUACAGUGGUACCUCGGGUUACAGACGCUUCAGGUUACAGAUGCUUCAGGUUACUGACUCCGCUAACCCAGAAGUAGUACCUCGGGUUAAGAACUUUGCUUCAGGAUGAGAACAGAAAUUGCGCGGCAGCAAGAGGCCCCAUUAGCUAAUGUGGUGCUUCAGGUUAAGAACAGUUUCAGGUUAAGAAUGGACCUCCAGAACGAAUAAAGUUCUUAACCUGAGGUACCACUGUUCUCACUGUGUGCAACCAAACGCCUAAAUGGGAAGCCUGUAAGUAAUAAUAAUAAUAAUAAUAAUAAUAAUAAUAAUAAUAAUUAUUUAUUAUUUAUACCCAGCCCAUCUGGCUGAGUUUCCCCAGCCACUCUGGGCGGCUCCCAAUCGAGUGUUAAAAACAAUACAGCAUCAAACGUUAAAAACUUCCCUGAACAGGGCUGCCUUCAGAUGUCUUUUAAAGAUAGGAUAGCUGCUUAUUUCCUUCACAUCUGAAGGGAGGCUGUUCCACAGGGUGGGCGCCACCAGCGAGAAGGCCCUCUGUCUGAUUCCCUGUAACCUCACUUCUCGCAAUGAGGGAACCGCCAGAAGGCCCUCGGCGCUGGACCUCAGUGUCCGGGCUGAACGAUGGGGGUGGAGACGUUCCUUCAGGUAUACAGGGCCAAGGCCAUUUAGGGCUUUCAAGGUCAGCACCAACACUUUGAAUUGUGCUCAGAAACGUACUGGGAGCCAAUGCAGAUCUCUCAGGACCGGUGUUAUGUGGUCUCAGCGGCCACUCCCAGUCUCUAGUCUAGCUGCCGCAUUCUGGAUUAAUUGCAGUUUCUGGGUCACCUUCAAAGGCAGCCCCACGUAGAGCGCAUUGCAGUAGUCUACGUGGGAGAUAACUAGCAAGCAAAUGAUGAAAUUGUAUAAAUGCAUGGGGAAUAGAUACUUUUUGAUAUGAGCAUUGCAGAGCCCUUUCCUCAAGUCUCCAAUUCACCCAGCCUCUACUGGCAUCAUGCUUUCAGCUGAUUAGGAAAUCAAACUAAUCCUGUUUUGACAACACACCAAUAACUACCAGGAUAGCCUUUUUUUGCUGCCGUUUCCAGCAACCAGUAUUCAGAAGCCCUCUCCUCUUCCCAAAUUUGUCCAAUCCUCUUUCAAAGCCGGACAGGUUGGCGGCCACUCCUGUGGCAGGGAGUUCCGCCGUCAGCUGUGCUGAUGGAACCACCCCCUCGGCACUAGGCCGCAGCCCACCCUAUGGUGCUCCCGACCGGCCGCCGAUAGCCGCCGAGCGAACGCCUUUGUGUAGUUCUGGGGGCAUCGGCCACCUGCCCACUGCCAAGCGAGUGUCGCAGCGGGUCAGGCUGGAUGGCCUUUGGGGAGCCCCCUUGCAAUUGCUACGGUGCUACAGCUCUGGGAAAACGACACGUUCCUGCCCCCUGCCCUCCUUCUGCAGGUAGCCGCUCAGCAGCAGGAGUCGGCCACGACCCAGAAGGCCGAGCGGGAGGUCUCUCGGAUGGUGGUGGUGAUGGUGGGGUCGUUCUGCCUCUGCUACGUCCCCUACGCCGCGCUCGCCAUGUACAUGGUCAACAACCGGGACCACGGCCUGGACCUGCGAUUGGUCACCAUCCCCGCCUUCUUCUCCAAGUCCGCCUGCGUCUACAACCCCAUCAUUUAUUGCUUCAUGAACAAGCAGGUGAGUCGCCAGCCAGCCGCUCCGCAGGCGGGGAAAGGGGCGCAAAACAUGGCGGGGCUGCAAGGUUGCGAUUCACUGCCGGCAUCCCAUUUGUCUCGAGAGGCAAUGGAGUGGGCUUUCAGGGAUCAAACCGCUGGGGAAUCACAGCUCUCUUUACACCCCAUCCAUCUGACUGGCUUGCCCCAGCCGGUCUGGGAAUCUUCCAACAUUAAUAGUAUGUAUGUAUGUAUGUAUGUAUGUAUUUAUUUAUAUAUAUAUACAUACAUACAUACAUACAUACAUACAUACCCCGCCCAUCUGGCUGGGUUUCCCCAGCCACUCUGGGCAGCUUCCAACAUAUAUAAGAAUAAGAAUAAGAAUAAGAAUAAGAAUAAUUUAUUAUUUAUACCCCGCCCAUCUGGCUGAGUUUCCCCAGCCACUCUGGGUGGCUUCCAACAUAUAUAAGAAUCAGAAUCAGAAUCAGAAUCAGAAUCAGAAUCAGAAUCAGAAUCAGAAUCAGAAUCAGAAUCAGAAUCAGAAUCAUUUGUUAUUUAUACCCUGCCCAUCUGCCUGGGUUUCCCCAGCCACUCUGGGCAGCUUCCAACAGAACACUAAAAUACAAUAACCUAUUAAACAUUAAAAGCUUCCCUAAACAGGGCUGCCUUCAGAUGUCUUCUAAAAGUCUGGCAGUUGUUUUUCUCUUUGACAUCUGAUGGGAGGGCGUUCCACAAGGCGGGUGCCACCACCGAGAAGGCCCUCUGCCUGGUUCCCUGUAACCUCACUUCUCGCAGGGAGGGAACCGCCAGAAGACCCUUGGAGCUGGACCUCAGUGUCUGGGCAGAACGAUGGGGGUGGAGAUGCUCCUUCAGGUUUCCUGGUCUGAGACCAUUUAGGGCUUUAAAGGUCAACACCAACACUUUGAAUUGUGCUCGGAAACGUACUGGGAGCCAAUAUAGGUCUUUCAAGACUGGUGUUAUGUGUUCCCGGCGGCCGCUUGCAGUCACCAGUCUAGCUGCCGCAUUCUGGAUUAAUUGCAGUUUCCACGUCACCUUCAAAGAUAGCCCCACGUAGAGCGCAUGGCAGUAGUCCAAGCGGGAGAUAGCCAGAGCAUGCCCCACUCUGGCCAGACAGUCUGCAGGCAGAUGGGGUCUCAGCCUGCGUACCAGGUGGAGCUGGCACAAAAACACAAUAAAAUGUUAAACAUUAAAAAAAAAAACUUCACAGUCCAGGGCUGCUUUCAGAUGUCUUCUAAGUUGUCUCUUUGACUUGGGGAUCGCAUAACUCCAUACCCUCCAAUAUUAUCUGAUAUUUCCCACUUAAGGAAAAGUGGGACAUUCCAGGAUCAAAUCCCUGGAAAAUAGGGACACACACACACACACACACACACACACACACACACUAUUUUCUGUUUUACAAUUUAGAAUAUUCAUUUAAACAACCUUAAAAUAUCAAUGAUUUCCCUUCUUCUCUUUCCAUGGUUCAUUUUGCAUAACAUAAAUCCCUGCAUAUUUUACAAAAACUAAACCAUUCAGUAUUCCAUUAUUACACCCUUCAAAACUUAUUUACACUGUUGAAUUUAUCUGAACGCUGCCAGCGUUUUCAAGUGUACACAGUUUGCCCCAUAUAUUCAAUAAACAUUUUCCAAUCUCCUUUAAACGUAUUUUCUUCUUGCUCUCUUAUUCUAUAUGUUAGAUCUGAAAGCUGCGCAUAUUCCAUCAGUUUAAGCUGCCAUUGUUCUUUGUCUGAUACCUCGCUCGUUCUCCAUUUCUGAGCUAACAACAACUCCCUUUCCUUGCCAGUUCCGGGCUUGCAUCAUGGAGACCGUUUGUGGCAAACCAAUGACCGACGAGUCCGACGUGUCCAGCUCAGCCCAGAAGACAGAGGUGUCCUCGGUUUCCUCCAGCCAGGUCAGCCCCAGCUAA